AUGGUUGAAGAAGCAUGCGAGCUGGAAGCGAUGACGACUGAAUUUUAUUCAAACCUGUACACGUUGGAAGGAUGUACAAAUAUGCAGGCAGUAUUAGACUCAGUACCUGAGAAGGUGACAGAUGAAAUGCGUACGAUGUUGGACGCCAGAGCAGUUAAGCAUCGGCAUUGUGCUCUGAAAUUAGAUAUGAUGAAGGCGUAUGACAGGGUGGAAUGGGAUUACCUGAGAGCCAUCAUGUUAAAGUUGGGUUUUUCUUCAAGAUGGGUGAACAUCGUUAUGGAUCUGGUGAGCUCAGUAUCUUAUUCUGUGUUAUUCAAUGGGAAGAAGCUACAAGAAUUUAAACCUAGUAGAGAUGAUAGCCUGCUGUUCUUCAAAGCAUCUGGUGGAGGGGCGACAGAGGUGUCAAACCUGUUGGAAGCAUAUUGCCAAGCGUCAGGACAGAGAAUAAAUGCAGCAAAAUCGACUAUUUUCUUUAGCAAGAGAUGCCCAUCAAAUCUUAAGGAAGAGAUAAAAGGUAUUCUGAAUGUCCCCAAUGAAACACUGAAUGACAAGUACCUUGGUAUGCCCUCGGAUGUGGGAAGUUCGAAGUUUGGAGCUUUUAAAUAUCUAAAAGACAGAUUAUGGAGCAAAGUUAAAGGGUGGAUUGAGAAAACAUUAUCUAUGGCGGGCAAGGAAGUGCUGGUUAAAUCAGUUGCACCAGCAGUACCGGGUAUCAUCAGCAUCCGCACGGGCACCCUGCUCCUCGCCGGCCUCGCGUGGUGUGGCGUGCUCGUCGCCGCCGCCGGCGUGUUCAACGUCAAGGACUACGCUGCUCGAGGCCACGGGACCACGGACGACACCAAGGCGUUCAUGGACGCAUGGACGGCGGCGUGCGGCGCCAGAGGCUGGUCGGCGACGCUGCUCGUGCCGGCGGCCAAAUCCUUCCUCGUCGGCCCCACCAGGUUCAGCGGGCCCUGCGCCUCCAGCAGAAUUACCGUCCAGGUCAUGGGCACGAUUACGGCGCCGCCGGCGCGCCCAUGGAGCGAGAAGAACUAUUGGCUGAUGUUCUACCAGGUCCACGGGCUCACGGUUACCGGCGGCAGCACCGGCUUGCUCGACGGCAGAGGCGGGACGUGGUGGGGCGAUAAAUGCAAACGCCAUGCUGACUGUAUACCUAAGGCGCCGACGGCGUUGGUGGUCAUGAACUGCGCCGACGUGGAGCUGAGCCAAUUCAGCAGCAAGAACAGCCCGCAGAUGCACAUCGCCGUCUGCCAGAGCAGCAAGGUCCACCUGACGCAGCUGACGAUCACCGCGCCCUGGGACAGCCCCAACACCGACGGCGUGCACGUCGACCGGAGCCAAGACGUCCGCGUCACCAGAUCGACCAUCGGCACCGGCGACGACUGCGUCUCCAUCGGCCCCGGGAGCCGAUUUGUCACCGUGGACGGAAUCGUCUGCGGCCCCGGCCAUGGUGUAAGUGUGGGGAGCCUGGGCAGGAAGGGAGCAACCGAAUCCGUGGAGUACAUCGACGUAAAAAACGUCCAGUUCAUCAAUACCGCGAAUGGAGCAAGGAUCAAGACGUGGCAGGGUGGGAAAGGUUACGCGAAAUCCAUCUCCUUCACCGACAUAAAGUUCACCAACGUGGACCAUCCUGUGGUCAUCAACCAGUUCUACGUAGACCGCCACGACGUCCCAAACAUGGUAGGGGCGGUGGCGCUGAGCAACAUAACGUACACGAACCUGAAGGGGACUUCGAGGUACAAGACGGCCGUCGAGUUUGACUGCAGCGAGAGCGGCAGCUGCACGAACAUCCACGUCAACUCCGUGGCGAUCACAGCUGCGUACGGCGGAGAAACCGUGGCCCGCUGCCAGAAUGCGCAAGGGGACACCUCCGGAUAUGUCUACCCCAAGAUCCCUUGCCUUAGAUAAUGUAUGUAAUAGAAAAAAAUUAGAUAAUGUAAUAAUACCCAGCCCAGGGUUUAGCAGUGCAUUUGGGGAGAGUAUCCCAUGAUACCAUCUCCCACAUGUUCCCAUGCUCCAAUUUCAAAUAAAUCCAUUGUAAAUGUUUUAAAAAAUAUGGAGAAGAACGAUAUGUCUACAACCCUUAAACAUUGCAG